AAGACUUCCCCUCGCUCAACAUGGAGCUCCACGGGAGGUGUUUCCGGCCGCUCUAGCCUUCCCCGGAGCUCCAUGGUGAGAGGGGAAAGCCUGCAAGAGAGCGCCACCCUCGUGCGCGUGCGUCCUGCUUGUCGGGGCGUCUUCUCGAGGGCCAGACAGAAAUAGUGCGCAUGCGCGCUGGGCUUUCGCGCUUGCCUGUGAGUCCUUCCAGGAGGUGCUGAGUGCGCCUGCGCUCUGGGGGUUCCAUUCUUACCCAGCCCCAGCAGCAGCAGCACUGGGGUGGAGGAGGAGAGGAGCAGCAGCAGCAGCAGCAGCCAUGCACUGCAGUAGGAGCGGCGGGAAUUAAGCGGGAUCUGCUGCUCCCAUUCUACUGCAUGCACCCUCUGUAACGUACACCCCCCCAUCUGCUCUUCCAGCAGCUCCAGAAUGGACUGCUGAACUAGGAAAUAUUCCAGACCCAAUAAUACAACAUUGCUGCACCACUCGGAGCUUUAUCUAUUACUAGUUAUUUAAAUUGGACUUUUAAUAUCCUGCCAGCUGCUCUUCAGACACACAUGGUGCAUUGUUGCCAUUCCCAGAAUUGCAUCUUUGAAACCCAGGCCCUCAGUAACCUUCAUCGAACAAAGAGGCGACCUACAGGAUACAUUUAUAGUGGGGGUUUUCAGACCUACUGCCCUCUAGCUUUAUUCUCGCCGGUGCUGUAUUUCUAGCACACCAUGGAGCCCAGUAUGGAGUAUUGCUUAGCGCAGGUGCUUCAGAAAGACGUUGGAAAGAGACUUCAGGUUGGCCAAGAAUUGAUAGAUUAUUUCUCAGAUAAACAGAAGUCUGCUGAUCUUGAACAAGAUCAGACUAUGUUGGAUAAAAUGGUUGAUGGACUUGCCACAUCUUGGGUAAAUUCCAGCAAUUACAAGGUGGUUCUGCUGGGGAUGGACAUCCUGUCUGCACUAGUGUCACGGUUACAGGAUCGCUUUAAAGCUCAGAUAGGCACAGUGUUGCCAAGUUUACUUGACAGGCUGGGAGAUGCUAAAGACUCAGUGCGGGAGCAGGAUCAGGCUCUGCUGCUAAAAAUUAUGGAACAAGCUACUAAUCCUCAGUACGUGUGGGAUAGACUGUUGGGAGGAUUCAAACACAAGAAUUUCCGGACGAGAGAAGGGAUUUGCCUCUGCCUUAUUGCAACCCUCAACGUAUCCGGAGCUCAGAGUUUAACACUGAGUAAGAUUGUGCCACAUAUAUGUAACUUACUUGGAGAUCCAAACAGCCAGGUUCGAGAUGCAGCAAUAAACAGCCUAGUGGAAAUUUACAGACAUGUAGGGGAACGUGUAAGGGCAGAUCUCAGUAAAAAAGGAUUACCACAGUCUCGGUUGAAUGUAAUUUUUACAAAAUUCGAUGAGGUCCAAAAAUCUGGAAACAUGAUCCAGGGUGCAGGUGAUAAAAAUUUUGAUGAUGAAGACUCUGUGGACGGGAACAGACCUUCCUCGGCCAGUUCAUCUACAUCUUCAAAGGCCCCUCCAAACUCUCGCAGAGUUGGCAUGGGGACGGCUCGCAGACUUGGGUCUGCAGCUCUGGGCUCAAAGUCCACAGCAGCCAAAGAGGGAGCUGGUGCUGUUGAUGAGGAGGAUUUUAUUAAAGCGUUUGAAGACGUCCCAACAGUUCAGAUUUAUUCCAGCCGAGACCUUGAAGAAUCCAUAAACAAAAUUAGGGAAAUCCUAUCGGAUGAUAAGCAUGACUGGGAGCAGAGAGUAUCCGCACUGAAAAGGAUCCGAUCCUUACUAUUAGCUGGAGCUGCUGAGCACGAUAACUUCUUCCAACACUUACGCCUGCUGGAUGGAGCAUUUAAAUUAUCUGCUAAAGAUCUGCGGUCUCAGGUAGUGCGAGAGGCGUGUAUCACGUUGGGACAUUUAUCUUCAGUUUUGGGAAACAAGUUUGACCAUGGGGCAGAAGCCAUCAUGCCAACCAUCUUUAAUCUGAUUCCUAACAGUGCCAAAGUAAUGUCCACAUCUGGUGUCGUAGCUGUUAGAUUAAUCAUUCGACAUACGCACAUCCCUCGGCUAAUACCCAUCAUAACCAGUAACUGUACCUCCAAGUCUGUUGCAGUUAGAAGGCGCUGCUUUGAGUUUUUAGACUUGCUGUUACAGGAAUGGCAAACACACUCCCUAGAAAGACACAUCUCAGUAUUAGCGGAAACAAUAAAGAAGGGAAUCCACGAUGCGGACUCUGAAGCAAGGAUAGAGGCAAGAAAAUGUUAUUGGGGCUUCCACAAUCACUUCAGCAGAGAAGCAGAACACUUGUUUCACACGCUGGAAUCCUCCUAUCAGAAAGCCCUGCAGUCUCACUUGAAGAACUCAGAUAGCAUAGUGUCCCUGCCUCAGUCCGAUCGGUCGUCCUCCAGUUCCCAGGAGAGUCUCAACCGUCCAUUGUCUGCCAAAAGAAGUCCUACUGGGAGCACUACAUCCAGAGCCUCUACAGUGAGUACAAAAUCCGUGUCAACCCCAGGAUCUCUGCAGCGGUCUCGCAGUGACAUCGAUGUGAAUGCAGCAGCUAGUGCCAAGUCGAAAGUAACAUCUUCUGGAGCUUCCACCCCCUUCAGUUCUGCAGCAGCCCUGCCCCCAGGCUCGUACGCAUCACUAGAUGGUACUACCACUAAACCUGAGGGUCGGAUCCGUACAAGGAGGCAAAGCUCUGGAAGUGCCACAAGUGUUACCUCAACGCCUGCCGAUACCCGAGGCCGCAGCCGUGCUAAAGUAGUUUCACAGUCCCAGCCUGGCAGCCGGUCUAGUUCUCCUGGCAAGCUGUUGGGAAGUGCGUACGGCGGCCUGACCAGUGGAACAGCUAGAGUCCCACCAGUGCCAUCAUCCUCAGAAAAACGCAGCAAGAUCCCUCGAAGCCAGGGAUGCAGCCGAGAGACAAGCCCCAACAGAAUAGGACUAGACCGGUUUGGACUUGGACAGCCAGGCAGGAUGCCUGCUUCUGUGAAUGCCAUGCGAGUGCUGAGCUCAAGCACAGAUCUGGAGGCUGCUGUGGCUGAUGCACUGCUGUUAGGAGACUCCAGGAGCAAGAAAAAGCCAGUGAGAAGAAGAUAUGAGCCGUAUGGGAUGUAUUCUGAUGAUGAUGCUAAUAGCGAUGCAUCGAGUGCUUGCUCCGAGCGCUCAUAUGGUUCUAGGAAUGGAGGCAUUCCACACUACCUACGACAAACUGAAGAUGUGGCUGAGGUCCUAAACCACUGUGCCAGUUCCAACUGGUCGGAGAGAAAAGAAGGGCUCAUAGGCCUUCAGAAUUUAUUGAAGAGCCAGAGGACGCUGAGCCGAGUCGAAUUAAAACGGCUGUGUGAGAUCUUUACGCGCAUGUUUGCUGACCCUCACAGCAAGAGAGUUUUCAGCAUGUUUCUAGAAACGCUGGUAGAUUUCAUCAUCAUCCAUAAAGACGACUUGCAAGAUUGGCUGUUCGUUCUCCUGACACAGUUACUUAAGAAAAUGGGAGCAGACUUGCUAGGAUCUGUGCAGGCAAAAGUUCAGAAAGCUCUGGAUGUAACAAGGGAUUCUUUUCCGUUUGAUCAGCAGUUUAACAUUUUGAUGAGAUUUAUUGUAGAUCAGACCCAAACACCAAACCUCAAGGUAAAAGUUGCAAUCCUGAAGUACAUUGAGUCCCUGGCAAGACAGAUGGACCCAACAGACUUUGUGAACUCCAGUGAGACCAGACUUGCUGUAUCUAGAAUCAUAACUUGGACAACAGAACCAAAGAGCUCAGAUGUAAGAAAGGCAGCACAAAUAGUCCUGAUUUCACUGUUUGAACUGAACACUCCCGAGUUUACCAUGUUACUUGGUGCCUUGCCAAAAACAUUCCAAGACGGUGCUACCAAGCUCCUCCACAACCAUCUCAAGAACUCCAGUAACACUAGCGUGGGUUCUCCUAGCAAUACUAUUGGUCGGACUCCUUCACGGCACUCUAGCAGCAGGACCAGCCCCUUAACUUCCCCUACCAACUGUUCCCAUGGUGGACUGUCUCCAAGCAUGCUGGAUUAUGACACGGAGAACCUAAAUUCCGAUGAAAUCUACAGCUCUCUUCGUGGAGUCACAGAGGCAAUUGAAAAGUUUAGUUUUCGUAGUCAAGAGGAUCUGAAUGAACCAAUCAAGCGUGAUGGAAAGAAGGACUGUGACGUGUCACGAGAUGGUGGAAUAGCUGCACCUGCCAGCGAUGUACGUGGAAGCAGUGAUGUCAUGGAAGGAGGAAGGAUGGCUCUAGAUAACAAAACCUCUCUACUUAAUACUCAGCCUCCACGCGCCUUUUCAGGGCCCCGAGCCCGAGAUUAUAAUCCCUACCCUUAUUCGGACACAAUCAACACCUACGACAAGACUGCCUUGAAAGAGGCUGUGUUUGAUGAUGAUAUGGAUCAGCUUCGAGAUGAAGUAUCCAUUGAUCAUUCUGAUUUGGUAGCUGAUCUUCUGAAAGAACUGUCCAACCACAACGAACGGGUGGAAGAACGGAAAGGAGCCCUGCUCGAGCUAUUGAAGAUCACGCGAGAAGAUAACCUGGGAGUUUGGGAGGAACAUUUCAAAACCAUUUUGCUCCUGCUGCUAGAAACACUUGGAGACAAAGAUCAUUCAAUAAGAGCGCUGGCAUUAAGAGUAUUGCGGGAGAUCCUAAGAAAUCAGCCAGCAAGAUUUAAAAACUACGCAGAGCUAACCAUCAUGAAAACACUGGAAGCACAUAAGGAUUCCCACAAAGAGGUUGUCAGAGCUGCUGAGGAAGCUGCUUCCACCCUGGCCAGUUCCAUACACCCUGAGCAGUGCAUCAAAGUGCUCUGCCCCAUCAUUCAAACUGCUGACUACCCGAUUAAUCUAGCUGCCAUCAAAAUGCAGACAAAAGUCAUUGAAAGGAUUUCAAAAGAAUCUUUACAUCAGCUCCUUCCUGAUAUCAUCCCUGGAUUGUUACAGGGGUAUGAUAAUACAGAGAGCAGCGUUCGCAAAGCCAGCGUGUUUUGCCUAGUGGCAAUUUAUUCAGUAAUUGGAGAAGAACUGAAACCUCACCUCGCACAGCUCACAGGAAGCAAGAUGAAGCUACUAAACUUGUACAUAAAGAGGGCCCAGACCACCAAUAGUAACAGCAGCUCAUCUUCAGAUGUUUCAACGCACAGUUAAUGGAGAUAUCUGGACAUGUGUGUAGACUUAGAAGCAAUCAGCGGUGCCUCUCAGAGACCUUUCUGCUACCCUUUCUUCAUUGGCACGUCCCAUCAACUAAAGGAGGCCACGCAGAUAUUUAUUGCAAUCAGUAUUUUAGUCCUUUAAAGCUUUUAUGUAGACUCUUAUUGGUACUGAAUGUAAAGGAAGCAAGGCCUGUGUUUCAGUCCUCAUUUAAGAAAAAACAACAGCAGAAAGCCAUACUUAAACAUAUUGGUAUAGCCAGCUGAAAUCUUUACCAUAUGUUUAGGUUGCAGUGUUUCAGAACUGAGUCCAAUAACAUGUUCAUGCUUAAAAGCGAAGUGAGUCCUUUUUUUAGUUAAUUUGACACACAGUUUUGUUUUUUAACGUGUUAAUUUCCUGCUGUGUAAGCAAUUUUUCCUUCUGGGUGUAACCCAUUUUGGCUAGACCCCUCACCUCACAAGUGCAGUGGUGUGUCCUCGUUCUAUAACUCUGAUCUGAAACUUGCCUAAACUGCAAGAUCUUGAUGAUGAAAUCUUUGCAAAUAUUGCCAUGCUCCUGGCUUUUAACGCUUUAAGACAGAUCGGUACCUUUAUUGAGUAAUAAAAAAAAUCCAAGUUUUAUAGAUAAAGCUCCAGAUUUCCAUAUGAGCUAAGAAUUUCUCUGCAGCUUUUCCCCACCCGCCAGUAUCGUCUAACAAGAGCAGCCUGGAUCUCCCGACUGUAAUGAACAGGGUUAACAUCAGCCCUGCCUUCCACCUUCUUCCGUUGCUCAGAAGACCCUGGGGGUUAUUUUUAAAGGCAGGAUAGUGGGUUUGUCAUCAGGAAAUGUAAAGGGGAACUCUUAAACCGUACAAAAUAUUCCUGUACAUUUAAAUUUACAGCUAUGGGGCUUGACCCUAUUGUUUAAUAAGACAAUGCCCCACCUCUCCUGCACACCCGCACAUAACCUUGUGCCCAAAAAGCCUGCAGUGUAGUUAACCAGCAUUUUAACCUCUCCCUUGCCGACAGAACUAGAGUACAAUCCUGCAAGGCACUUAGCACCUCUGGACAGGUGUUGAGUGCCCUCAGCUGCCAUUGGCUUCAGUGGAGAUGGGGUCGCUCAGCCCAUGCAGGAUCGGGCCCCUGUAAUAGGCAAGGCUGGCGGAAUUCUUUAAUGGACUGAUCAGCACGGGGAAAACUUAGAACCAACCCAGCCCCAGUGAAAUAUACCAGCAGAGGGGCCCCCCCGGGCUCUGCGCAUCCCCUGCAGAGCGGCCUGGUGUCCCACCCAGGGAAGGCUGAUGCCAUGUCGACUCAACCCCCCCCCCCAUCAGUAUGUUGAAAGACCUGAUCCUGAGAGGUGCUGAGUGGCCUUCCUCUCCCAUUGAAAUCAAUAAUAGUUGAGGCUGUCUCGGGACCCAGCAGAAUCGGGCCCCAAAGCAGCAAGUUUCUCAGCCUCUUUCAUCCCUUGUGUGACAAAGUGGAAGGGACGAUCCGGCUCUUGUUUUUUUCAGGAUGGGCCCGAUCUUAUGCUGGCUGCAGGAUCAGGCCAUUUGUCUGCUGCUCUUCCUGCAUAUAACACCAUCAUAAGAGAGAUCUUUACUAGCCUGUAUUGUGGUGUUUCCCCAAAGACUCACCGCAGACUCAAAAAUGCCUUCAUUGGAGGGAGGCUGUUAUAACCUGCGCUAGCCAAUAAAAUCCAGUCUCCCUUCGCGGGGACCAUUCACUUUCACCCCUUGUCGAGACGCUAGAGGUUUUCUUCUUCAUUUUUUAAAUCUUGUUGUGGAUGAUUUGAAUGAUUUUAGUUUAACGUGAAUUAAUUUUCCCUUUUGAGGAAAUAUUCAAUCAAUAUGUUGGCAGCAAUCAGCUGUCCCGUUUGACUUUUUAGGGUGUUUUAUUUUUAAACUGCUUUCCUAACAGUCAGUAUUUUAAGUCUCUUUUCCCAUCUCAGUUCAGCAUCUUCUGGGGGUCCAAACCCCGGAAGUAGAAUGCAAAGUCUGCGUAAGUGACUGUGUUGUGUGCUUAGUCCUUCCAGCUGUCUGACCCAUCUUGUUCCAUCCCGGUUUGCUGUUUGUUUGUUUGAAUGGCACACUGUAGCGGAUCUAUGGGAAUUGAAUUCCUUAUGAAAUGAUUUUAUAUAUUUUAUAAAAUACUGUUAGUAUGCACUGAGUGAAUGCACUGUAACGUCCAUGAACUGACCUACCGCAUAUGCUGACACUACAGUACGAAUUAACAACUCGUCUCUUAGAAAUACAUGUGAAAUAUGUUGCUGCUGCUGCUUUGAGACUUCAGUGAUGAGCUUGUAUUUCCAGAUGUUAUUAGCAUAAUUGGGGCUGCAAAUCACAGAACCAGGCCUUACUUUCUUAAUCAGAUACUGUUUUGUUUAUCGACAGAUGCUCAUUAAUGUGAUACUUUGUUUCAUUACACGAGUCAAUCAAGGACAGUUCAGCCUUUGAGUACUCUAGAUGUCUGUUACACCUGUAUACAGUAGGAGGCAUUCUGCUUCGAUUAUUUAUAAAGUCAUUUGCGUAUAAUGUACAUAGUAAGGUUGGUUUAGAGUUUUGAACAUGACCGGAUUUUCCUUUGAAGUGCUCAAAGGGCUAGCUCUGAAUGUCACUUGUAUGAUCUCCAGUGUUCUGCAUUCUGAAAGCUGUUCAAUCAGAUUUUCUUUCGCAAGCAUAAAGGUCUCUCUGGCUACAAAUCUGACAGUGUCCGGGGACAUUUGCAGAGAAGGAUCUGCAUGUUGGUGAGACAUCAGUGAGGCAGGUGUUAAUGUUUUCCCAGCAGUAGCCACCUACAACAGCUGCCUUUUUCUUGCUGCCCAUUAUACAGGGCUUCAGUUUUUGGUAUCUUACAAGAAAAACGUUUCUUUGAUUUGCCCACCAUGCUUAUAAAGUCUGACUGUGAGGAACUGUGAAAAUACCAGCACCCUUUGGCUGUGGGGUUGCUUAAAUCUCAGACAAGGAUGGCCCUUCUGUCAUUGGCUGUACCAGUGCUCCAUGGGCAUGAGCAAAUCAAUUGAUACAUCCCCCUCACAGAUUUAAGUACUGUAGUUCUCUCAUGUAGUGCAGAAUUAUUGAGGCAUGUGGCUUUCUUAAGGUACACUAUGUGUGCUUGCCUGGAUUACAAUACAAGACAAGACUUCUUUUCUAUUGCUUAUUACUAGCUUACCAAUAACCCGUAUAAGUAACGUAACUCGCAUCUUUGUCAUCUAAAUCUUUUCCCCCGCCUCAUCCCUUUAUUUAUCAAGCAUAAUAUGACAUAUUAAGGGACAGAAAAUAAAACUUUGUAGAAUACAGCAGGACUUUGCUAACAAUAAUGUUUUAAAUGGGAAGUAAAAACUGCUCUGAAAAAUGUCAGCCAUAAGAAAUGAUUUUGUUGGCACAGUGUUCAUGCGCAUGUUUUGGGUUUUUUUUCUUUUUUUCCUUCUUUUUUUGGCUUUUGUCAUGUUACAUCCAUAUCUGUAUUUAUAUCUUAUUUGUUUAACUUUUGAGUGUAUCAUGGCAAAUGUACAGAUGUUUUUUUGUUAACAUUUAUGUGAUAGAAUUUGCUAAAAAAAAAUAAAAUAAAACCUUUUGCGUUUGCCCUAGAAUAAAUG